AUGUCUCGUCUCAGCAAGCUUGGGUACAACCUCUCCUCAUCCUCCGCCUCCUCCUUCUCCCCUUCCUCCCUCUCCUCUUCCUCCUUCUCCUCGUCCUUCUCCCGCUUCAUGCAUCGCCGGACUCCGACGGUUCCUUGCAAGUCUCUCGUGUCAGACUGUUCGCCCAUCCGUUCUGCUGGCGUCUCUUCUUUCACCGAGGUACGUAGAGGUACAUAUCUUUCCACUCGGUCUUCCCGUGCAACUGCCCCUGCCCCUGCUCCUGCACGUUCCGCCCCUUCCCUUCCAGCUCCUUCUACUCGCUUCGUUCGUGCACCUGUUCCAGCUCGCACUGGGACAGGUGACACUCUCACCCGCAGCCUUCCUUCGCAGAGUCGAGGAGCUGCUCAACAGGACGGACCCCUUGACGUCGUCCAUUCCAUUAUGGAGAGAGCUCGACUCCGCUCUCAAGCCCUUCGUUCCCGCUAUGGUCACCCAGAGAGACCGCGAGUUGACCCUAGAACCCAACCUCGAGUCGAACCCUCUUCCACUUCUUUUGUUCCGACCACCCGUCCCACCCGUUUCACCGAGCGCAUCCGCAUUCUCGCCGAAGAAGCAGCCGCUAGUUCUGCCAACCGCCGCGCCACUCUUUCGAAACUCGCUGCCUUCGACGAAGUUGUGGCCCGCGUCAGAGCACGAAAACAGUCGACGCCUUCCGCUCCUCCCAUUGACGCCACUCGUCCUGUCACUCGCGCGGAAAGAGUCCGUCCCUUUGCUUCUUCUAUCAACACUACUCGUCCUAUCACUCGUCCUGUCACUAGCUCAGAACGAGUCCGUCCCUCCGCUUCUUCAGUCUUCGACCGCAUCUCCGACCUUCGCGCCGCCCAGGCCGAGCGACGCCGUUGGAUCGACGAGAUGAUCGCUCAGCAAAAAGAACGUGCUUUGACUCAGGCCACUACUUCCGCCGCCAUCGAGCAAUUCCGAGCCAAGCAUCAGGCACGACUCGCCAACCGAUCCCGCGAGGGACACCUGACGUCACCUCACCGGGCCCCGACCAACAGCACCCGAAAUACGGCGAUUCCAGCAGCAGACCCGGUACUUCCUAGCGGCCACCGGGCCACUUCCACUACUUUUGCUCAACCCGUGGGAGUCUGA